CUUGUUCUUGGGAUAAUGGCUCUCAGAUUUUUCUGCACUGCAUACAUUUCAACUCAACAUCUUGCUUCUGCUAAAACUCCUGUUUCCUCUUCUCUCUCUCUGACAAAUUCAUGCAUGUGUGUUGAGAACCUGAAGAGCCUCUUGAACAGUGUGGUUUCAUCUUCUCCACUUGAGUCUCUCCAAAGAGGCAACUGGGUCAAGCUCAUUUGUGGUGCAAGCUUUGAGGAUGUUGUUGAUAUCAGAAAUCUCAGUUUGGUUUACACUCUUGCUGGAGUUGACUGCAUUGACUGUGCUGCUGAUGCAUCGGUUGUCAAUGCUGUGAAUGAAGGGAUUGAAGCUGCAAGAGAUAUUACAUGCCUUAGAAGACCGUGGGUGAUGAUUAGUGUCAAUGAUGAUAAAGAUCUUCACUUUCGUAAGGCUGAAUUUGAUCCAGAGGACUGUCCAGCAGACUGUUCACGGCCUUGUGAAAAUGUGUGCCCUGCUAACGCAAUAUCAUUCCAAGGGAAAUCUACUUUAGGAGUUUCAUAUAAUACUGAAGUACCUAGAGUACUAAAGGAUGGAGUCAUAACAGAACGCUGCUAUGGCUGUGGUCGCUGUCUUCCAGUUUGCCCCUAUGAUAAAAUAAGAGCGGUAACAUAUGUUAGGGAUGCUGUUACAACUGCUGAUCUCAUCAAGAGAAAUGAUGUUGAUGCUGUGGAGAUACAUACAAGUGGGAGACAGAGUACUAUGUUCAAAGAACUCUGGCAUGCUCUAGGAGAUUCAGUGAAAAAUUUGAAGCUGAUAGCAGUUAGCUUACCAAAUGGUAGCGAUUCAACAAUAUCCACUAUGAACAAAUUGUUCUCUAUCAUUAAACCUAAUCUUCAAAGCUUCAACUUAUGGCAGUUAGAUGGCCGUCCUAUGAGUGGAGAUAUUGGGAGAGGAGCAACAAAGGAAUCAAUUGCCUUUGCUGUUCAAUUGGCUAAAGCAGAAAAAAGACCUCCUGGUUUUCUUCAACUUGCUGGUGGAACUAAUGCUCACACAAUUGAUGGGUUGAAGCAAGAGGGUCUCUUUCAAACAACUAUUACAGAGUAUUUACUUGAUGUUACGUCAACAAUCAACCCAUCUUAUUCAUCGCAUGCUCUAAUUAGCGGCAUAGCUUAUGGUGGCUACGCACGGAAGAUUGUUGGUAGAGUAUUGAGAUCCAUGCAAACCCAAUAUGGGGAAGCUGCUUCAAUUGAGGAUCAUCCCGAGCAUCUCUUGAUGGCUCUAAAGGAAGCACUUGCUUUGGUUGGACCUGUAAAAUGUCUAUGAAUAUGAUCGAUGACAACUUCAUAGUCACCCAUGAUAGCUAUAUUUGAAAGUGUGUGUACACCAAGGAAGAAUAGAAACUUGUUAACAGAUUGACAAUAAUGUUAUUAUAUCCAAGCUUUUUGGAU